AUGACUUCCGGUUUCUGGGUGAAAUUGACACACAAUGAGGAGCUGCGAUCAGCCUCACCAAACCUGCCGUAAAUAAAACACCAUCACCACCACCGACCCAGACCAUGGACAAUCAGUGCACGGUGCAGGUGAAGCUGGAGUUGGGACAUCGUGCUCAGCUCCGCAAGAAGCCCACCACGGAGGGGUUCACCCACGACUGGAUGGUGUUCGUGCGCGGCCCCGAGCAGUGUGACAUCCAGCACUUUGUCGAGAGGGUGGUCUUCAGGCUUCACGAGAGCUUCCCAAAACCCAAGCGAGUGUGUAAGGAGCCCCCCUACAAGGUGGAAGAGUCAGGCUACGCUGGCUUCAUUAUGCCCAUAGAGGUCUACUUCAAAAAUAAGGAGGAGCCUAAGAGAGUGUGUUUCACCUACGACUUGUUCCUGAACCUGGAAGGAAACCCGCCCGUCAAUCACCUGCGCUGUGAGAAGCUCACCUUCAACAACCCCACCAGGGAGUUCCGACACAAACUGGUCAAGGCAGGGGGGGUCAUGGUGAUGCCCGAGGGAGCUGAGGCCGUCACAAGGCCGAGUCCAGACUACCCCAUGUUACCCACAAUCCCCCUCUCAGCAUUCUCCGACCCGAAGAAGACCAAACCUUCCCACGGGUCAAAGGAGUCCAUUAAAGACAGCAGCAGCAGCAGCAAGACGUCCAAGCCUCACAAAGUGACCAAGGAGCACCGGGGCGAGCGGCCACGCAAGGACUCUGAGAGCAAGGGCUCCAGCAAGGGGGAGGGGGAGCGCGAGGCCAGCAAGCCUGCCAAGGAGACCCCGUCUGCACGGAAACUGGACAGCAAGGGAAACAAAGAGGAGGUCAAGGCGCCCCCCAAAGCCGCGUUCAAGGAGCCCAAAUUGACCUUGAAGGAGUCCAAGAUGGAGGGCAUGUCCCCAAAGGGUGGGGGGAGCGGAGGUGGAGGGGGUGGGGGAGGCGGCCAGCCAGAGCCCAAGGCAUUCAGUAAGAGGCCGGCCAACGUGGAGUCCCCCAAGCCCAGCACUAAGAAGCAGAAGAAGGGCAGCUCGGAGAGUUUGAAGGGCGUUACCAGCACCUCCCCCCGCGUCUCCUCCUCCACCGUUGCCCUGCCCCCCCCCAGCUGCCCCGAGAAGAAGCCCCCCAAAGAGAAGAGCAGCAGCAGCAGCAGCGGCGGAGGACGCCCGGAGAAGGUGAAGAACGAGACCACUGAAGUGAAGGAGGUGAAGAAGCCAGCGGAGACGGACGACUCCAAUUCAGAGGACGAGGCCUCGUCGAAAUCGGAGUCUGUGCCGUCAAGUCCAUCAAAUUCCAGUUCCAGCUCCGAUUCCAGCUCUGAUUCCGACUUUGAGCCCUCGCAGAACCACUCUCAAGGCCCCCUGCGCUCCAUGGUGGAGGACCUGCAGUCAGAGGAGUCAGACGAUGAUGACAGCAGCACUGAGGGGGAGACGCCCGUGAAAACCAACCCGCCCAACAGAGACACAAGGUUGAGUCUUGGCAGUGAGAGUGACAGCAGCGAAGGGUCCCACCCCCCAAGUCGAGAUCCUCCGGCCCCCCCUCUGAAGCACAGCUCGGCCAACAACAAGGUCUCUGUGAGGAAAAGUCCAGACCCCUGCAGCAGACCUGAGAAGAUGCUGAAGAAGGGAUACGACAAGGCGUACACAGACGAGCUUGUGGAUCUGCAUCGGCGGCUGAUGGCACUUCGAGAACGGAACGUCCUGCAGCAGAUUGUGAAUCUCAUCGAGGAGACGGGCCAUUUCAACGUCACCAACACCACCUUUGACUUUGACCUCUUCUCAUUGGACGAAUCGACUGUCCGUAAACUACAGAGCUACCUGGAAGCAACAGCCACGUGACAGGAAGUCUGGGAGCGGGCGGGGCUUUGUCUUUCCUAAGAACUCGGGGUGGGAAAACAAAAAUCAAACAAACGACACAGGAAGCUGUGGCAACAGGGGAGGGGGUACCAAGAGGGAAGUGGCUGUCGUGCACCACAAUCCACUGCCCCCUCCCCCCCGGUCUGCCACCGUCACAGUGAACAGACACUCAGAGGCUGUAUCUUAUAUAGAUAUAUUAUAUAUAUGUGUAUAUGUGUAGCCAACAGCGUGACUGGUUUUCUGUGGUCACGCUUGCUCUCGAUUUUAUAAAAUGCACAAUGGCUCGACUGAGUCACGGUUCCAGAGGUACACAGACCCAUCCUUUUAGAAGUUGUCUUCCUCAAAUCCAGCGUGUGUUCAUCUUCAGUAGUUUUGGGUGGGGUUCGGUAGGUUGCCAGGAGAGAAGAGAAGCUGCCAGUCCCUUCUGGGUUCGGGUCACGCUGUUGUAGGCAUCAUGAUGUCAUCAUUAAACAGAACGGUAGGGCUUCAGUCCCCCAUGAAAUUUAUUUGAAGUUUUAAAGCAGAAUAUAAACGCCAUAGACUGCCUAGCAUACCAUUUAGAGUGCAUCCCAGUGUGGAUGCAAGUGUCCCGGUUUUCGUUCCUCGGAUCACCUGGUCUCUGUCCGUUUUAAAGCUCCUGUCGUCGGUACAGCUCUCAGAGUCACGCCUGCCCCCCAAGUACGUCUGUUCCUGAGUGUAACUAUUAACCUGUCCCAUUGCAACACUAAGACACCAGGCAGUAAGACAUGCCACGUAGAACCAGCGAAGUUACAUUCAGGGAGAUAUAUCGAGGCCACAAUAUAUCUUUUAAAAAGCUCUUGAUGUUUCAUACCCACACCAAGUUGCUGUUUAAAGAGGACUUUAUUUUCUGUGCCCUGGGAAGUCCAUUUUAAAUGACUGUAUCGAACUGUGUUAAAGGCAGCCGAAGAACCAAGUCGAGCACUUUUGAUUUUAAGUAUUUUUAAAGGUCUUUAAACUACUGCUUCUCCCCUCUCCCUGUACCUGCCCCUCCCCCGUAUCGCCUUUCGCUGGCUGAGCUAAUCUACCAGUCGAGCUUUACAACUUCAGCUUGCCCUAAAAUCUAAUCAACAUCGCUGUUCCAGAUUUUACUAAGUUAUAAGAGUAAAUCCCCUUUUAAUAGAUUUUCUGAGGCCAGCAUUGAAUGCUGCUGCUACGAUUUUUUUUCAUAUUCCCCUUAUCUAUUUUUAAGUAUUGUAGACCAAUCAGUUUUCACUGUUUUAGUAGCGCAUCAUGCAUUCUUUCAUAGGGGUUAAAUACAACUAAGGAAGCACACCCUUGAGUAGCUUAUUUUAAAUGUAGGAGUCUGCAGGUUUUAUGUAUUUAAUUUGUUUCAACGUGCAGAGUGCCCAUUGAGAUUUGUAAUAUAUUUACAGAAGCAAGCAUACACUGUCUACACCUUAAUGCUACCACAUCUUCUGACAAAGCAAUAAAUCGCACCCAUUCACUCUA